CACAGUCUAUUUAAGUGAAGUAUGUAAGAUUUUUAUAAGCCGCUCACAAGCCAAUAGUACAAGGUAUCGAACCGAUAAGAUAAGUCCGGCGAAAAGUAUAUAGUGGCGGAACGGCCGAAGAUGUGUCAAGAGCAAAGCAAUAUUCGCUUCCCCCGAAUCUUCUCUACAUAAAUAUAAGCAGUAGAAGUCGGAGGCUGCGUGAGAAGUUCCGCAGAAAACAGUUUAAUUGUCGAUCUGCCACGCCGUCGAGAUGAAGAGCUUACUUUUGCUGCUGGUCGGCACGAGCCUGUUCGCCGCGGCCCACUCGUUCUUCUUAAUUUACAGUCAACCUAACUCGGGUAAUCACGACCUGAUUGUCGGAGGCCGCGAGUACAACGACCGACUCAUCUACAGCGAAAAUGUGACGGAGAGCUUUCAGUGGUCCGGCAUGAAACUCAUCAUCAAUCGGACCGUGGAGGCGCCUCCCAACUUCCAAGUGACUCAGGUCAAAUGCAUAAACGCCGUUCAGGAUGGCACCGGCGCCGAGGCGAACAUCGUCAGCGGUGGACCGGGCCUCGGAUGGGUCACCAUUCGCUUCAAGAGUCAACGCUGGCGCGGCAUUUACUUCGGGAUCGAGGUUUACGCCAGACCGACCUAUUAGUGAUAUCCUCGCCAUCGAAUGUGCCUCGUUAAAUUUCGAGUGACGACUGCACAUGCUGUUACGACAAGUGAAAAGUUCAAACGAAUUAAUAGUUCAUUUUAUGUCCACAUAAAUCUCACCACUUCAAUCAGUUUAAAGUGAUAAUCGUUUGUUGUUUAUCUUGUUAUGUGAAUUUUAAUUGGACGAGAAUUUUUUGGGACAGCAAAAAUAUGUUUAUAAUAAAAAUUGAAUAAUCAGUUUCCUGCGCCAAGUGUCAAUAUGAGCUCAUUGUAAGAGUCAAGGUUACUCCAUAAAAUAACAUCUUUUUAUCUUACUUUGGCUGAUCGAUUCUCCAACUAUCAAACUUUUUGUAUCGGAUUGUAAAUAAAUCGUAUUUAAUUAGUACAAACUUUUUCUUUUUCUAUCAAGCAGCAUUACUUACAAGUAUUGUUAUUUUUAUAUUUGCUCUUUUAUUAUGAUUUUAUAAAUUAUUACAUGAACUCUAACAAACCUUUCACAAAACCCAUCUAAUUAUCU